AUGCAACAACAAAUACUAAAACAAACACACACAGCCUCCGCUGCGCCCAUCCCUUCACUCCUCAGCCGUCAAACCCCACACGCAUACAACAACACCUACUUCCCCUACGACAUCUCUGGUCCCGUCCCUCCUUCACUCUACAAACCAGGUCAGGUUCUUGAUAGGUGUACAAAGGCCAACGCCUAUGCUAUCUCAUUCGACGAUGGUCCCGGUCAGCUUACGGAUGACCUGUUAGAUGCUCUUGAGGAGCAGAACUUGCAGGUCACCUUCUUUAUGAAUGGCGAUAACUGGAGUUGUAUCUACCGCCCAGAGACGCAAAGGCUGUUGAGGAGGGCAUAUAAUGCACAGCACCAGAUCGCAGCACACCCGUGGUCACACCGGGAUCUAGAUGCACUUUCGGACGCCGAAAUCCGAGAAGAGAUGCUGAGGAUCGAAGAAGCCUUCCGUCAGAUCCUUGGCGCCGUGCCCCGAUAUAUGCGCCCGCCAUAUGGUCAACACGGUGAACGUGUUCGUCGGGUGUUAGAGGAUAUGGGGUACAUUAUUGUCCUCUGGGAUGUGGACCGCUUCUCUCCCGACGAGGAGAUGGGUUCUUCGGAGUCAUCACAGGACGCGUGGUCAGAGAACCAUAGCCAAGCAGAGCGCCCGAUGACAGGGUCUCGACAGCACCACCACCAUCACCAUACACACAGCAGCUCACAUGCCUAUCUGGAAGAGAAAAAAGAAGAAAGCGAGAUGUCAUCGCUGUCAUUCACAAACAAGUGGGCCGAGGCUGUGAGGGGUGUCCCGUCGAUAAAACCCCUCGACAGAGACGCGUUGAUCAUGGGCGGUAUCUACCAGGAGGCGACACCGAUUUGGGCGGUCGAGUCCGUGCAAAGUCUUGGGUACGACUUGAUGCCUGUUGCACGGUGUCUUGGCGAUGAUGAUCCUCGGCUGUGGUAUAAGGAGGUAGUUGCUCCCGCUGCUAUUGAGGACAUGCCUAGAAAUUGUCAUAUGUAA